AGCUCUGCUCCUGGUUGAACCCUCUGGUAGUACGCCAACUGGAUGCUUUCAAACAGCCCAGUCUCGUGAUACGAGGAAUGAGGCCCUCCAAAUGCUCAAGAUACGAAGGGAGAUGGGCGGAGGAAAUCAGCAGUAGUCUUCUUGGUAACAUAGCUCGCCUCCUCGACCCAGAGCGAGAGGUCAAACCAGCAUCGGCAGUAGUACUGGAGCUCUGCGUUGCAGCAGCUGAAGCCUUCGCUCUUGCCAGGAGCCACGAGGUUACUCUGAACUCGUCAGCGGCCGCUAUACUGGACCCGGCUUCUGCAGCCGCUCGAGACAGCGUUUGGGAGAUCCCGAUCGAUCGCAUUCCCGAGCUGUUGUUGGCAGUGUUCUCCCUGGAUCUGGAGGGAGGAGAGGGCCACAGCUUAUCUUAUCAAGUCAGUUCAGUGUUCCUUCGAGCAUGUGAGAGAUGGCUAAUGAUUCUCAAGAACAAGGCGAGUUUGGCCGCAGAAGAAGCAGAACUCCUUACUGAGUUCCUCGAGGUGUUGGACGAGGUUGGCUAUUCCUAUGAGGAGCUCACCACAGCUGCAGCCUCGGUCAUGGGGGAAGAGGAGGCGGAGGAUACAGCGCAUGCAUGA